UGUACGAGUCGAGCUUCUUGCUAAUGAAGACGUAACAAAAUUCUUCGUGAGAUGCGUGAAAUAAACGCGGUAACUGUUGCGAACGAGUUUGGAAGGAAGAGAAGACAGAGGAGUUACACAAAAGGUGAAGGGAAUCAAGUCAGCCAGAAUCCUCGCCUAGUUAAUUCUCGCUGUGAUACAACACCCUCUUUUACGGGCGUCUCUGCUAGUCGCUGGAUUUCUUGGGAAUUGAAACUAAUUUGGGCAUGUCCUGCAACGUGGUCCCGGAGAUGUUUCAAGAUUACCGAGGGACUCGGUAGACUUGAUAAAGCAAAAAUGAGUCCUCUUGAAUGCCGUCGGAUAAUUGCAGGCAACGUGACGUUUUGCAAACUUAUUGUGCAGAGCUAAUCAUUAGCAACCUUCGAAAUUAUUAUAAUUUUAUCAAAUAUAAAUAUAAUA